UGAGGGCGACAUGAUGACAUGACACUUCCUGCCAGACACGCGAUAAAACAGACAGAGCAGAACAAGACUCGGUCAGAACCUGCAGGACCCCCCACAGGACCAGGAUUACCCCGAACCUCCAGGACCGCCCCGAGCGCUUGUUACGAUGUGGCUGCUUCUGAUGAUCGUCAGCCUGCUGGAUCAGAACCAGGCUGCGCCACUUCCAGGAGACCUCCACAGCCUUCAGCUCCUCCUGCAGAGCCAAGUGGACCAAACAGCACCUUCAGCCCCUCCUGACCCCGCUCAGAAGAUCACUUCCUCCUCCUCCUCCUCUUCUUCAUCAGUUUCCUCGGAGUCAAGCCAGAGUUCAGAGGGUCCGCAAAUGGUGCGAGAACGACAGAACCUGGAGAACACGGCUGUGGAGCAGGUGGACUCCUCUCAGGAGAGCGAGGAGCUCCUCCAGCCUCCCAGUGACACCAACAGCACCAGCACCAACCUGUGGAUCAAUGAGCUUGUUUUACUGGGAGAGAGAGCGGCUGAGCAAGAAGGCGACGGAGAGAGAGACACCAGAGACGGAGAGGACAGCGUGGAGAGCCAACACAGGCCUUUGCUGAUGACCUUCCACCACCUCCUGACACGACCUCGGCACAGAGAACCCGGUCUGAUCUCAGAAGUGGCCGCAGAGGGAGGCGUGUCUGAAGUUGGCGACGUGGGCGGUGCCAGAGAGGAAAACUCUGAGUUCCUGCGACUGUGGGAUGACAGCAUUGAGCGAGAGGCCGGGCUGACCUUUGACAUGCCUGACCAAGGCUUCCAUGGAGAUGAGGCGGGGCUUGAGCUGGGGCUGUAGAGGCCACGCCCCCAUUGUUAUGAUCACUUAUUAACCAGUGAAUGAUGCAAUUAUUAUUAACUACUGAAGCGUCACAGAACAUGUAGCUCCACAUGUUAAAUGUUUGUUUUAACUGUCCUGAUCAAUAAAGCUCUGAAGUUUUAAUGAGCACUGAGCAUGAAACCAGAUCAUCACACAGUGAAUUGACGCCGAGAUAUCAGCCUCUGUUUGGAUCCCAGCAGUUUAACCUGAAACAAUAAGCUGAGUUUGACUGUAAAUAAACAUGAUCCCAUGUUUUGUUUUUUCUGUUUGAGCCUGAACAUUUAUUAAACUAAACUUCACAUC